UUUAAACUUUCUGUUAAAUAUGAAAUACAAAGAGACAUAAAAAUAUAAAUAAUAAAAAACUGUUAUUAAAAAAAAAACUGUUAAUUAUUACUAUUAUCGAAAAAUACGAUUACUGUUAAUUUUUCUCUUUUGUGAUUUAAAUCAGUUUGGCAUAUGUCAUUUAUUUCUCUAUGAGUGCGAAGGAAACUCAUCGAGAAACACGUGAGUGAAUGGAAGUGAAGUUUUCCUCUUUCGUGAUAUAUAGUGAAUGGUCCGAGGACUAUUAUUUAUUAGUUGAAUCGUGAUUGGUGUUUGGAUUUCUUCCACCAAGAUCGUUGAGGCACAGUCGGUAUCCGUUAACAGCAUUCGACGAGUGCCACUCGAGACAAUGGCUUCGUUGACUUUACUACGAGGGGACCAAAGAGAACCGUAAACAUUUCAACACGGACAAUUUUAAACUGUAUUCCUCAGGGGUGCCGCCUUAUUUUUGCAUCAAUAUGUAUCUCAUCAGAAUAUCGCACUUUCUCGUGUUCGUAAUGCUGCAGUUGUCGCGGGCGCUGACCGGUGAUUAUGUAUGCCAACGAGUAGAAAAUUACACAGAAACGUCACAGGAACUUUAUAUGCAACCUGUUGAGGUACACACAUUUACCUGGUGCUUUCAAAUUCCGCCUAGGUGCCCGAAGACACGGAAGGAAAUGCACCAGCGUUGGAGACCAAAAUCAGAGGUCAAACAAAGGAUAGUGAAUGAAUGCUGCGAAGGUUACACAAUAGAAGAGGUUCACGGUAAAGUUGACACAGAAACAAAAUGUGUACCAUUUUGCGAGAAGUGUGUCGAAGGCGAGUGCACUUCUCCGAACAAUUGUCUAUGUAAAAAUGGUUAUCAAGGGAGUGACUGCUCUUACGAGUGUCAGCCAGGAACAUGGGGAAAGUAUUGUAUGCAAGAAUGUAAUUGUACCCGUGAAAGUGCGUGUAAUCCAGUAAAUGGCAGAUGCGAGUGUCCACCCGGAUGGCACGGAAUUAGGUGUGAGAAUAAAUGCUCGCCGGGACGAUGGGGAGCAUAUUGUGCAUCACCAUGCGUUUGCACGGAUCAACUGUCGGGCUGUCAUCAUGAAACUGGAGAGUGCUUUGACCUUGAAGUAUCAUUCGAUCCAGUGCCCACCAUUAAAGAGUGGACACUUAGUGAAUUAACCCCUUCUUCCGGAGCAACAACCGACAUUUCUUCCCCUCUUUAUUCCCAACCGGAAAACAACACUGACUUUAUUGAUGUGACAAACGCUGAUGAUUUUGGUGACGCCAAUCAAGAUGAUUUGCAGAUUAUCAGGAUAUCAAGUACCACUGAGGGAGCAGAAAAUGAUACACUUAAAACUUUGUCAAGUACAACGAGUAAGACGUCGGUACAUGUUUCAUUAACUGAAAAUUAUUCGUACGAACCAACACGACCUCAGGCAUCGACCACUUAUCAAACAACGCAGGUUCCAUUGCCAACGGAAAUUUUCCCAAAGAAAAGUUCAAUAUUGACGACCAAUACUGGACAAGUACACAUUUUCGAGGAAACCCACACAAAUGGUGAUUCUGACUUGAAUGUUAAACACGGCAUUGGCUCCACCGAUGAAUUUGGAAUUGAUCCCCAAGUUGUCAUGUCCCCGAAGACAGACUACGUGAAAAAUGUUCGAAAAGAAAGUUCCUCGCCGGUGUCUCCAUUGCCAAUGGACAUCGCGGCUCUUAUCAUAAUUGGGUCCAUAAUUUCAUUAGGCCUGACGUCAAUAGCGGCACUGAUGAUAUUCCACAUGAGAGCCAAAUUGCUCGACGCAGUUCGUUUAUCGAUUUUCAAUGACGAAAAAGUGAAUUUCUCGGGAAUUGAAAAGGGAAAUGUGGAGAAAAUUUCAACUAUACAUACGACACUUCCUCGUACAUUGAGUCGAAAUGAUUCGACAUUAAAUGCGAAUACUGAACCUAAAGCAGUCUUGACCUUAGACGAAACGGGUAAUGAAUAUGCAAAUGGAACAGUCACUAUUGGUAUUCGUCUUUCGAGUAAUCUCAGAGAACUUCUAGAGAGCCAGUACGAUAGACCAGCAUCGUUCUGUCAUCGUGGCGCCAGUCAAACGGAAAUGGAACAUUUAUACGAUGAGAUUCCACUUGCGUCUCCUUUCUGUAUCAGCAAAGAUACGUAACUCCCUUGAAUUUAGUUUAGAUAAUAAAAGAAUUUAGAAUAAAAAAUCCCUCUGUGAAUUACUAUAUUCAAAAACUGUGAAUUAUUAUUUAAACUCUAGAACAUUAUAUUUAUAUAAGACUUCAGUUUGUAUCUCAACUAUAUUAUAGAAAAAUAAAAUCCAGUGACAGCUUUGGGAAAAAUUAUAGAGGAAGACAAAUUUUGUCAUUUGAUAAAAAGAUCACAAAAAUAAUGUAACAAAAAAUACAAAAGAAUUACGAAGAAAAAAUUUGUCAAGAAAGACGAAAGAAAAAAAAAUACGAAAAGUAUUUUUAAAUUCUACGAAAAGUGGGAAAAAAACACAGGAAUGGAAAAAUAAAA